GGGAGAGAACGCGCAAAAGCUUGGGUGGAAAAUAUAAAGAAAAGAAACCAUAAGCCCCUCUCGUCAUUUAAAUCACAAACCGUGGAGCAGUAAGAAGUCAUAAGUAGUCUCUAUCCAUCCCUGAGUGUCUGUCUCGUGUGGAUUUGGCAGUUCGCUGGUUUGAUCAUUAUGGGCAGGAAAUGCUCACAUUGUGGGAACGUAGGGCAUAACUCAAGGACUUGCACAGCUACUCAAAAAGAAAGUUUAAGGCUCUUUGGCGUGCAGCUGGACAUACCAGCUUCGUCAUCUUCUCCUGCUAUGAAGAAGAGUUUUAGUGUGGGUAGCUUGCCAUCUUCAUCAACCACGCCUUCUUCUUCUACGUCAUCCAAUUCACCGCAGGUUAACACAGGCGACGAAUUUUAUCUCCUCUCCAAUGGAUAUCUCUCUGAUGGCCAAGUAGGGCGUACUCCAGAAAGGAAGAAGAGUGUGCCGUGGACCGAAGAGGAGCACCGGAUCUUUCUACUAGGCCUCGAGAAGCUCGGCAAGGGUGACUGGAGGGGUAUCUCAAGAAACUUUGUGACCACAAGAACUCCGACCCAAGUAGCCAGUCACGCACAGAAAUAUUUUCUUAGGCAAAACAGUCUCACUAAAAGAAAACGACGCCCUAGUCUCUUCGACGUUGGGAAUGGUACUAGCUCAAUCCAACCGGUCACUGCUAGCAUUCCUGAGGUCAUAAUUGAAGGCAACAAUAUCUUUGGAGGGUUACCAUUGAUGAGCACAGUAGCUUCUCCAAUUUGCACUAGUUUUUCUGAGUUGGGUUUAGGUGAUCAUCAUUCUGUAUUGCUUCCAUGUUCAAGUCCUGAUGAACAUGUCAGCUCCAAAACUUCCAGCACUCCUGGUCCCAGCAAAGCCUAGCUAACACUCACUGCCAGCCGCGCGCACCUCCAUUCUAGUCUCCCCUUCUCUUUAAUUAGCGUUGUCCUCUUUGAUACCCAAAUUUAUUUAUUUAACUGCCAAAUCGCCAUGAAAAUAGUA